UCUACCAGCAACUCCACAGGAAAAAGAUGUGGCAGUCUUCUUCCUUAAGGAUAACAGCCCUGGAAACAUGGUGGGGCAGUUCUACUUUGUCCUAUAGAGUUGUUUUUGUUAGAAUCAACUCAACGACAAUGGGUUUGGAUUUUUUUUGGGGGGGGGAUUAUUGUUAAAACAGAUCCUCCUGUUCACAAAGGCAUUUCUAAACCUUGCAAAGAAGGUAAUAGCAAUAACCAGAUUUUUUAAAAAAAGAAAAAAAAUAAGGCACAGAAAGUUAACUGUUACAUCAAUAGGAUGUGACAGGUCACAUUUAAGACAUGGAUUUUCAGCUCAGAUGACCUUUAAUCACUAACAUAGAAUUACCAGAAUGCAGGAGGCAUGGAGAUUAUAAGGGAAAAGAUCAUACUUGGGAGUUCACAUUACGUGUUUCCAAAUAGCUUGGAAAUUGGUUUAUGAGUAUAGAUUCAAAUAGGAUAAUUAGAACCAGUGAAUAGAAGCUAAAAAGAGAAAUUUCUGCUGAAUCAGAGUGUCUGAAUAAUUAUAUAUGUUUAAAAUAAAAAGGGCUACCUGUAAAUGAGAGCCACAGUCAAUGGAAGGACUCAAUAACAAAAUGCAGGUGGCAUUGUAAAGGUGAUGACUAGCUGAGAUGCCAUUUGGCAGUUCAUUGAAUGUUGCUCUUACCUUCCCCAGCCUACACACUAAAUACAUGGAAGCAGAAAACCAAACAAAAUUUUCAGAAUUCCUCCUGCUGGGCAUCUCAGAGGAUCCUGAACUUCAGCCCCUCUUCUUUGCACUCUUCCUGUCCAUGUACCUGGUCGCUGUGCUUGGGAACGUGCUCAUCAUACUGGCCAUUACCUCUGACCCUCACCUCCACACCCCUAUGUACUUCUUCCUCUCCAACCUGUCCUUUGUUGACAUCUGUUUCGUUACUACCACGGUCCCAAAGAUGCUGGUGAACAUCCAGACACAGAACAAAGACAUUUCGUACAUAGGAUGCCUCAUUCAGGUGUAUUUCUUCAUGAUUUUUGCUGGACUGGACAAUUUCCUCCUGACCAUGAUGGCCUAUGACCGAUUUGUGGCCAUCUGUCACCCCCUGCAUUAUAUAGUCAUCAUGAACCCCCGGUUCUGUGUCUUGCUGGUUUUGAUGUCUUGGGUCAUCAUUUUUUGGGUCUCCCUGCUUCAUAUUGUCUUGAUCACACAGCUGAACUUCUGUAUAGACACUGAAAUACCACAUUUCUUCUGUGAACUGACUCAGAUUAUCCAAGUGGCCUGUUCUGAUACGCACACCAAUUAUGUCUUCUUGUAUGUGUUGACUGCCCUGCUGGGUGUGUUUCCCCUCUCAGGGAUCCUCUUCUCUUACUCUCAGAUUGUCUCCUCCUUAAUGAGAAUGUCGUCUGCUGGGGCCAAGUAUAAGGCAUUUUCUACUUGUGGAUCUCACCUCUCUGUGGUCUUUUUGUUCUAUGGGACAGGUCUUGGGGUUUUCCUCAGUUCUGCUGUGACCCAUUCUUCCCAAAGAAGCUCUAUUGCCUCAGUGAUGUACACUAUGGUCACGCCCAUGCUGAACCCCUUCAUAUACAGCCUAAGGAAUAAGGAUGUGAAGGGAGCCCUGAGAAGGCUUCUCUGUAGAGCAGCUUCUUGUCCAUAAUGAUGGCCACUGGCCUCAGGGCUAAAUGGGCUUCAUGGUCCCCAAAAGCCAAAUAUCAUGAAUUUAAAUAUCCUGAUUCCUUUUUCUUCCUCAAAAGACCUGCACCAUUUCUUCCAAUCCCAAAACAGUUAUAAUUGGCCUUCUACUUG